AUGGCACCUACAAUCACUGCAGCAACGACCAACUCUCAGGACCAUCUGACUCUGACCCACAAGCUCAGAAAGCCUCUGGUGGAGAAGUUACGCAGAGAACGAAUCAACAGCAGCAUUGAGCAGCUCAAGUCUCUCUUGGGUCCAGAGUUCCUCAAACAGCAGCCAGACUCCAAGCUGGAGAAAGCAGACAUCCUGGAGAUGACAGUUUGCUUCCUGACACAGCUGCAGCAGCAGAAUCAACAGCAAGGAAGACUGCUGAACCACUUCAACAAGCUGCAGUCUUCCUCUGAUAAGAACCUGAGAGAGGCUGACUUCUCUCCUCUGAGCUCCACAGUCCAGACCCAGACCAGCAUCACCAAAGAGAAGAGUCCAGUCAACAGCGCCCUCUGGAGGCCGUGGUAGACUCAUACAGACUGGAGACACUACCAGACAAACUGAGAUGACCAUGUUGGUCAAACAUUACUGGACUGAAUUAUUUGAGUUUUAAUUCACUUGUUCUUCUGUAUACAGAAGGCUGAUUUGUGUGUUUUUGUAUUUGUGCUAGAUGACAUUUCCUAAGGAAAUGACAGCAACAAUAUCUUUUAAGUGAAGAAAGAACAUCUUGUCAUGCAUGUAGCAUGAACUCAAUCUGAUUGCAUUAGCA